AUGGCCGAGAAGGAGGCAACGAUUUACAUCGUGGAUGUGGGAAAGUCCAUGGGCGCACGUCACCAUGACCGCCCUGUGACUGAUCUCGAAUGGGCCAUGCAGUAUGUUUGGGAUAAAAUCACUACGACAGUGCGUCUCGGGACUAUCCUUUAUAUUCAUGUACUGACAGUGAAAGGUUGCAACCGGUCGCAAGACGGCAAAUGUUGGCGUGAUUGGGCUCAGGACAGAUGGGUCCUCAUGCCUGACAUUCGGAGAUUGAAAGAGAUGAUCACACCCAGCAACACUAACCGUGGCGAUGCCAUCUCUGCUGUUCUUGUUGGUAUGGGUAUGAUCAUUGAUUUUACCAAGAAACUCAAAUACAAGCGCAAGAUCGUUCUUGUGACCAAUGGCACCGGAGCAAUGAGCAACGACAGCUAUUCAGACAUAACUUCGAAGAUGCUGGAGCUCGGUAUCGAGCUGGUGAUUCUGGGUGCCGACUUUGAUGACGCUGAAUAUGGCGUGAAGGAAGAAGACAAAGAUCUGAACAAGGCGAAUAACGAGGCACUUCUCCGAGCCUUUGCAGAGGACUGCCAAGGAAUGUUUGGAACGCUGGAUCAGGCCGUUUCGGAACUUAAUAUUCCCCGCAUCAAGGUCACAAAGAGUGCUGUUAGCUUCAAGGGCAUGCUAAGGCUUGGGGACCCCGAACAAUAUGAAACAGCAAUGCGCAUUCCAGUGGAACGGUUCUUCCGAACCGCUGUCGCCAAGCCCACUUCAGCAAGUUCUUUCGUGAUGCGUUCCGGCGCUGAAGCCAGGCAGGAUUCUGUUCCAGGAAGCUCGGCUCCAAAUGCCAAUGAAUCUCUCGUGGCGGUUCGGACAUCACGGACAUAUCAAAUCUCGGACGAAUCUGCCCCAGGGGGGAAUGUUGACGUUGAACGUGAUGAUCUUGCAAAGGGUUAUGAGUAUGGACGCACAGCAGUUGCAAUUGAUCAGUCCGAUGAGAGUGUCACCAAUCUGCAAACAUUUGCUGGACUGGAUUUGAUUGGCUUCAUUCACGAGGACAAAUAUGAUCGCUACUUGCAUAUGUCUAACACGAACGUCAUAAUUUCAGAGCGCGGUAACGACAACGCAUCUCUGGCGCUAUCGUCCUUCAUCCAUGCUCUUCACGAAGUUGAAUCAUAUGCAGUUGCUCGAUUGGUGACCAAAGAAAGCAAACCCCCGAUGGUUGUGUUGCUGGCGCCGUCAAUCGAGCCGGAUUACGAGUGCCUGAUCGAAGUGCAGCUUCCAUACGCCGAAGACGUUCAAUCUUACAGGUUCCCACCUUUGGAUAAGGUCGUCACUAUUUCUGGCAAGGUUCUGACAGAGCACCGCAACCUUCCAGAUGAUAACUUGAAGGCUGCUAUGAGUGACUACGUCGACAGUAUGGAAUUGGAUAUCAAAAAUGACGAAGGAGAUGUUAUCACCGGUCUUCCAAUUGAAGAUUCAUUCUCACCUCUAGUGCACCGUCUCGGCUCUGCCAUCCGAUACCGCGCCAUUCACCCCGAAGACCCGAUUCUCGAGCCUGCAGAAAUACUCACUGAAUUUUCACACCCGCCAGAAGAUAUGGUCACCAGAUCCAAAUCAAUCCUAACGAAGUUGAUUUCUACAGCGGACGUCAAGAAAUUUCCUCCGAAAACGAAGGGCCGGAAACGUCAACGUGAAGCCGAGAAGCCCCUAUCCGGGCUAGAUGUUGAUGCCCUACUGAGCCUGGAGCCAAAACGGUCCAGGAUUUCCACUGAGAACGCAAUUCCAGAAUUCAAACAGACCCUCUCUCGUGCAGAGAACAUCGAAGCCAUCCACGACGCCGUGCAGCAGAUGGCGUCUAUCAUCGAGUCUCAAAUCAGACAUAGUCUAGCUCACUCUAACUACGACCGCGUCAUCGAAGCUCUGGGGACCAUGCGUGAAGAACUGGUUGAUUAUGAAGAGCCGGCAGUGUAUAAUGAAUUUGUACGCAGUCUCAAGGACAAUAUGCUAGCUGAGAAGCUUGGUGGUGAUCGAACGGAGCUGUGGUAUUUUAUGAGAAAGGCAAAGCUUGGCCUCAUUGAGAAGAAGGAGGUCGAGAGCUCGACGGUUGAAGAUAGUGAGGCUCGUCAGGUACGUAUCAUGCACUGGAGGUCUGCACGAAAUACUGACCCAGGUAUAGUUCCUCGCCGCAAACUAAGGCGGGCAAUUAAGAUAGGUUAUGAAAUCAAAAACUUGCUCGCCCCAAUGACGAGGAUGUACGAUUAA